UGUUAUCACUUUAUUUACAUUGAGGUCUUAAACUGUUUAGACAAUAUGUUUUGCAAGGUGAAUGGACCCCAUACUUGGCCAGUGUGAGCAUUGCUGCCCUACUUACUACUAGACUCACAUGGGGAUGAUUGUUGAUUAUUACUGCCAUCUAGUGACUAUUUAUGGCACUACCCUUUAUUUUAUAUACAGUACAUAGAGUUUGACUUUGCAUGAAAAGAUCACUUGUAAACUGCAUUUGUUAUUUUAUUAACUCACUUGAUUUGUUCUUCUUUCUAGGAUAGGCUACUCAAGAUGGCAUACCCAACAGAUUACUCUCUCAUAGCCAUACCACUCAUACCACAAUAAGGACAACGUUAGAGAAACAACAUGGAAGGUGGGGGAAUACAGAACUUAUCCAUAAAUGGCAAUGCAUCAGACAUCCACCCUGUCACACACAGUCUAUGGGAGGUCAUAACCAUAGCAACUGUGUCAGCCAUCGUGAGCCUGAUUACGAUAGUGGGGAACGUCCUGGUGAUGCUGUCGUUUAAGGUAAACAGCCAGCUGAAGACAGUCAACAACUACUACCUGCUGAGUUUGGCUGUAGCUGACCUCAUUAUAGGUGUGUUCUCUAUGAACCUCUACACCUCCUACAUACUGAUGGGAUACUGGGCACUGGGGAGUGUGGCUUGUGACCUCUGGUUGGCUUUGGACUACGUGGCCAGUAAUGCGUCAGUGAUGAACCUGCUGGUAAUCAGUUUUGACCGGUACUUCUCCAUCACCAGACCCCUGACCUACAGAGCCAAGCGCACCCCCAAACGGGCUGGGGUCAUGAUAGGCAUGGCCUGGCUGGUGUCCCUCAUCCUGUGGGCCCCUCCCAUACUGUGCUGGCAGUAUUUUGUGGGGAAAAGGACAGUCCCUGAAAGGCAGUGUCAGAUCCAGUUCUUCUCGGAGCCAGUGAUAACAUUUGGGACAGCCAUUGCUGCAUUUUACAUCCCAGUGUCAAUCAUGACCAUCCUGUACUGUCGGAUCUACAAGGAGACGGAACGUCGCACCAAGGACCUCGCUGAGCUCCAGGGCAUCAACAGUUCCACAGACACUGGUGUCACCAAGCCCCAGAAAACCAUCAUUAGAUCCUGCUUCAACUGCAAGCAGCUCAGCUCUGCCUCCCGGGACAGAACCCAAGCCUCCUGGUCCUCCUCCAACAGGAGCAAUGCAGCCAAAUCAGCAGCAGCCACCAACGACGAGUGGUCCAAGACUGACCAGCUGACCACCUUCAACAGCUAUGCCUCCUCGGAGGACGAGGAGCGGCCCGUGUCCCCGGGGGCCUUUCAGCCCACCUGCCAGGAGUGUAGGCAGAGCACGGGUGCAGCGGGCUGUGAUAAAGAACAACUCAGCAGUUAUGAGGAGAACAGCUUCUUCCACACGCCACCAAAGACCAACUCCCAGAAGAGCAAGAAGUGUGUGUCCUACAAGUUUAAACCAGUUCCCAAAGACACUAGCAGCGGUGCCCAGCAAAGCAAGAAUGGGGACACUAACAUGGCCCCAUCAUCUUUCUCUUCAGCUGACUCUAUGAGUGCCCCACCCUCCACCUCCACCUCCUCCUCCAAGCCAAUAGACACCACUCUGAAGAUCCAGCUGACCAAGAGGAAGAGGAUGGUGCUGAUUAAGGAGAGGAAGGCUGCCCAGACUCUCAGUGCUAUCCUGCUGGCCUUUAUCCUGACGUGGACACCAUACAACAUCAUGGUGCUCAUCUCCACCUUCUGCUCUGACUGCAUCCCUGUGUCUCUCUGGCACCUGGGCUACUGGCUGUGCUAUGUCAACAGUACAGUCAACCCAAUGUGCUACGCUCUCUGUAACAAGACCUUCCAGAAGACCUUCCGCAUGCUGCUGCUCUGUCAGUGGAAGAAGAAGAGAGUGGAAGAGAAACUUUACUGGUACGGGCAAAACCCUGUAGUGAGCAGCAAGCUAACAUGAGCCAUUCACACCUUCCUUUCAGAGGAACGAGUAUCAAGACUAUAUGACUCGAUAGAUGUGGAAAUAUUUCUGUCAGUAUUUGAGUUAUGUCUACAAGUAGGGUGUGUCAAAGGUGCAAAGGUUAGAGACAAUACUCUAGUUUGUCAAUGGUAUUGUUCUUUAAUCAAUACCUUGAUCACUGCUCACUACAAAAAAAUUCAGAAGUGUUUGAUAAUCUUGCCCCAAAUGCUGAUACUGUACACCAAUACAUAAUUGAACAUGUAAAUAUUAAAAAUAACCCAACAUGCACAAAAAAGUUAGA